AUGGAUGAUGGAUAUAGAAACACAAACCUCUAUCAAGGGGGCAGGGAGGCAAAUCAAGUCUUAGACGACUACAGGUACCAGGAUGGUAACUAUGAAGGGUAUGCACCCAAUGAUGGCUACUACCGUGGCGGGGAUGAGCCCACUCAUGAAGAAGAUGCCCAGAGUGAUGUUACAGAAGGCCAUGAUGAAGAUGAUGAGGUCUAUGAGGGGGAGUACCAAGGAAUCCCGCACCCAGAUGACAUUAAAGAAAAGCAGAAGAAGCGAGCUCCUGCCGUGGCUGAUGAGUACAGAGACCGUGCUGACCUUAUGGCAGAGAGGAUGGAGGACGAGGAGCAACUUGCCCACCAGUACGAGAACAUCAUUGAGGAGUGUGGCCACGGACGCUUCCAGUGGACCCUCUUCUUUGUUUUAGGGUUGGCACUGAUGGCAGAUGGGGUGGAAGUGUUUGUGGUUGGAUUUGUUCUUCCCAGUGCUGAGAAGGAUAUGUGCUUAUCCAGUUCGAACAAAGGGAUGCUAGGCUUGAUAGUCUACUUAGGAAUGAUGGUGGGGGCUGUCAUGCUGGGCAGCCUCGCUGAUAAACUGGGAAGAAAGAAAUGCCUCAUCAUAUCACUUACAAUCAAUGCUGCCUUCGCGUUCCUCUCCUCUUUCGUCCAGGGAUACGGAUUCUUCCUCUUCUGCCGCCUUAUCUCGGGCCUCGGUAUUGGGGGAUCCCUCCCCAUCGUGUUUGCCUAUUUCUCUGAGUUCCUGUCUCGUGAGAAGAGGGGGGAACACCUGAGCUGGCUUUGCAUGUUCUGGAUGAUUGGUGGCAUUUUUGCUUCAGCAAUGGCUUGGAGCAUCAUCCCACAUUACGGCUGGGGGUUCAGUAUGGGAACCAAGUACCACUUCCACAGCUGGAGAGUCUUUGUACUUGUCUGCUCUCUGCCCUGUAUCGCCUCUCUGGUGGCACUGAAAUUCAUGCCUGAAAGCCCGCGGUUUUUGCUGGAGAUGGGUAAACAUGAUGAAGCCUGGAUGAUCCUCAAGCAAGUUCAUGACACCAACAUGCGGGCCAAGGGCGAGCCAGAGAGGGUGUUUACGGUUUCCUAUAUUAAAACUCCAAAGCAAGUAGAUGAAUUUAUUGAAAUACAGAGCUCAACGGGGACCUGGUACCAGCGGUGGCUGGUCAGGAUCACGACUACUUUCAAACAGGUCUGGGACAAUGUGCUAUAUUGUUUAACAGCCCAGUACAGGAUGAACACACUGAUGCUGGCUGUGAUUUGGUUUACAAUGGCCUUAAGUUACUAUGGCCUUACUGUCUGGUUCCCUGAUAUGAUCCGGUAUCUCCAAGAAGAGGCAUACGAAUCCCGAGUGAAGAUCUUUGAUGAGGAAGAAGUGUCACAGUUCACCUUUAAUUUCACCCUGGAAAACCAGAUCCAUAGAAAUGGGGAAUACAGAAAUGAUAAAUUUAUUGGCAUGAAAUUCAAGGAAGUGAGAUUUGAGGAUUCAAUAUUUGAGGAAUGCUACUUUGAAGAUGUGACAUCCAGCGAGACCUUCUUCGAAAACUGCACUAUUAUCUCUACUGUCUUUUAUAAUACCGAUCUCUACGAACACAAAUUCAUCAACUGCAGGCUCAUAAACAGCACGUUUCUGAAGGAGAAGGAAGGCUGUCACUUGGACUUUGAGGAGGACAACGAUUUCCUGAUCUACCUGGUCAGCUUCCUGGGCAGCCUGUCUGUGCUGCCAGGCAACAUCAUCUCUGCGUUACUCAUGGACAAAAUAGGGAGGAUAAAGAUGAUCGGUGGCUCAAUGUUGAUCUCGGCAGUGUGCUGCUUCUUUCUCUUUUUUGGCAACAGCGAGUCAGCAAUGAUUGGCUGGCAGUGCCUCUUCUGCGGGGCCAGCAUUGCCGCCUGGAACGCCCUGGACGUGAUCACCGUGGAGCUCUACCCCACUGACAAAAGGGCAACGGCCUUUGGCAUCCUCAAUGGGCUUUGCAAGUUUGGUGCCAUCCUGGGGAAUUCAAUCUUUGCCUCCUUCGUAGGGAUAACCAAGGUGGUUCCCAUCCUUCUGGCUUCCUCUGCUCUGGUUGGAGGUGGCCUGCUCGCUUUGCGCCUGCCAGAGACUCGAGAACAGGUCCUGAUGUGA